AUGGAUUCCAACUACUUGUUCUUUAUCGAGCCAGAUGACGGGACAAGAACAUUAAACCUUUCCGCAAAAGCAGAAAUAAGAAGAAACCCCACCAACUAUAUAUCUCAUGAGACCCACGCCUUUAUGGUCAACCACAGAGCAUGGACUGCAAGUGUUUUGAACUUAAAAAAGUUGAACGUCACAUUUGAUCUGACCAUAGUUGAGGAUGAUGUUUCGGAGUUGGGUAAAUCGCCAGACUUUGAAGAUGGUCAGGGCCGAAUAGUGAGCUCUUUUAUGCGCUUGAAGCAGCUUGAGAUGUACCCAUUAACAGUGCCUGAGUCUUCGAGUAAAGAGACUUUGAUUGCUUUACGAUGUCUUCAAAUUGGAGGAGCCAAAAUUCCUCUUGAUCUUGGAAUUCGGACAAUUUCUGAAAAAUACUAUGAUGACGUAGAGCACCAGGACAGUGAAACUAAGAACAGUGAGAGUUCUAUUUCUAUGGAGCCUAUUGCAACUUACAUUCCACCAAAAGAGUACAGGCUAGUUCUGCGGUGUAACUUUGUGAAGAGUGGAUCAAGCUUGAAGGACUUUUUAAGUGUUGGCUUCCAACGAAGAGGUACAGCUUUGUGCAACUGUGAUGCAGCUGUUCUCCUCUCACAUGUAAUUGUUACACUUGAGGAACAUACUAGUCUCAAAGUACAGAAGGGUGGAGUGAUCGAAGUCAUUGAAAAGACUCGCUCCCAUGUUUUGAAAGACUCAGUUAUCACUUAUCACUUCUCUGCCUGGCAAUUCGAAAACGCUGGUGAGGGUUACGUCUUGCAUCCACCUGCCUCUCUUUAUAAUUGCAAUCUUCCACAACUUGGGCCAACUUUUCACUCCAACUAUCGCAGUCGAACCUACCAGAUUCGAAUUGACCUUGAUGUGGAAUGCACUUUGUGGGAUAUUCCUUGUUCAGAGCGUCUCUCCACAACAUUGAAUAUUGAUAUCGGGGCUGAAGCGGAUUUAAUGCCGGGCGCUGCUUCUAAUGAAUUCACAAAGGUGCAAGAUUUGGUCUACUUUGAGAAAUACGCCUUGGCUCCAGAUGCUUUAGAUCAGAUUCUGGAGAGUACUCUUCUGAAAGCAAAGAUAAUGAAAAGCUGCUUUGGUUACCAGACUUCGGUGGUGAGUGAUGCAGACACCUUGUUUGCCAUUUCGACAUUUUACGUUAUUGAGCUUUGGCUUUCAGAGGUUCUAAUCAGAGAAGACGACGGGACGGAGUUUUCACUAACUUUUUUCAACGACCAUUGGUGGCCGAAGACAGACAGUGGUUCUCACAGUAAUCUUAACUUAUCAUUCGAAGUACCAAAUUGUCUCAAGAUUCUCGAAAACUUCCGUCCCCCCAUCAUCGAAGAACAAGACGAGCAAUUAGAAAUGACAAUGCAUUACAAAGGAACAACGGUUGCCAAUCCUGGUAUGAUCUGUAAUCCUUACAUUGCAAUUACUUUGAGAAUACCUGAGUCGUUCAAUCAUAAACACUUUCCCUUGUUCAAGUUUUAUCUCGCAGAGCAGAUUCUUUAUUUGACACAAGCUGGUCAGGCUAUUCAUCACAGGCAACAUAGCAUUUUUGAUUCAGGAAGGGUGAAACGUGACUCUAAUACUCGUACCAUAAUCGGUGAUAGUAGGGUCUGCACCUUUUUCAAUCCUGUUGAACGGAUCAAAAUCCCCGAUGUGGCGCCAUCACUCCACUCUAGCACACUUCAUAGAUGUUAUAAACUUUAUGUGGAGGCCACAUUAAAGGGCUCUGACCCAUCGCAAGUAAAAAGGCUGUGUGCUGGUGUCGAUUUUAUAAUUUCUGAUGAUAAGAAUUCAUGA